UAUAUAAUGAUUGUUUGAAUUAUUCUAAUUAUUAUUGAAUAAGAAAAAAAAAAAUCUCACAAUUCAUUCAAUUUGGAAACUGAAAUUCCAGAAUUCAACCAUGUUGAUUUUCUCUCCCACAACCAUAAGAUCUCUGAAUCCCCAACCCCUCCCUUACCUCUCCUUUUCCCACUCCAUUUCUCUCCCUCUCCCACUAAGAUCUCUCCCCACUCCCUCCAAAUCCCCCCAUUUCCCUUCCUUCCAUAUCAACUGCAUAGACGCAGCUCAACCAUUCGACUACGAGUCCCAUCUCAAAAAUCGCUACAUUCAAUCAACGUCCCUCAAGAUCGCCAUUAUCGGCUUCGGCAACUUCGGCCAAUUCCUAUCCAAAACUUUCCUCCGCCACCACCACACUCUCCUCGCUCACUCCAGAACUAACUACGCCGACCUCGCUAACCACCUCGGCGUUUCCUUUUACGCCGACCCACACGACCUUUUCGAGCAACACCCUGACGUCGUUCUUCUCUCUACUUCCAUCCUUUCCACUGAAACUCUUCUUAAGAAACUGCCCUUUCAACGACUGCGUCGCAACACCCUUUUCGUCGACGUGCUUUCUGUUAAAGAGUUCCCCAGGAACCUUUUCUUGAAGUAUUUACCCCCGGAUUUCGAUAUAUUGUGUACACAUCCCAUGUUUGGACCCGAAAGUGGUAAAACCUCGUGGGCGGGGCUUCCUUUUGUCUACGACAAAGUGAGGAUCGGGGAUGAGGAGAGUCGGAUAAAGAGAUGCGACAAGUUUUUGGAUAUUUUCGAGAAAGAAGGGUGUAGAAUGGUGGAGAUGAGUUGCAUGGAGCAUGAUAAGUACGCGGCGGGGUCUCAGUUCGUGACCCAUACCAUGGGGAGAGUGCUGGAGAAGUUCGGGUUGGAGUCUUCGCCUAUUAACACCAAAGGGUAUGAGACAUUGUUGAAUUUGGUGGAGAAUACUAAAGGGGAUAGCUUUGAUUUGUAUUAUGGGUUGUUUAUGUAUAACCAGAACGCUUUGGAGCAGUUGGAAAGGUUGGAUAUGGCAUUCGAGUCGAUUAAGAAGGACUUGUUUGGGAGGCUCCAUCAGGUUUAUAGGAAGCAAUUGUUUGGGGAUAAUAAUGGAGAGGUGGAGAAGAAGAGGAGUUUGGCUCAGAAGUUGCUUGGCAAUGGAAGUUUAACCGAACCUCCAUUGGAUAAUGUUAGACAAGAUGGAUCUUGAACAAGAAAAAUGUGGAAAACAACAAAAAAACAGCUUCUCUGUCUCCCUAUGGUAUGAGAAUUUAUUGCUAUUUUGUCAAGAUAUUAGCUUCGUGGUCUUCUAGAUAAUUGCAAACGGAAUUAGCUUAGUUAUUGCUGCUUAAACCUGGAAAAAUUCACUUGUUUAAUGUUUUUCCAAUCCAUCCAAGUGAAUGUUUCAGGAUUUGGCAAGUUGCAUUCGAGGUGGUUCUAAUGAGAUAUGUGUUAGGUCUUUGUAGGACAUUUGAGAUUUUGUUGCCCAAUUUAUGGAAGUUGUGCUUCAAAUCUUUGGGGGGUAAGAUUGAACCUCCUUUGGACAAUAUAAUGUAAGGCUAGAUCAUAAAUAGACUUAUUCUGUUUUCUAUCCUAUGAGAAUUUAUUAUUUUUGCCUAUUGUCAA